AUGGGCACCGCUGAUGAAGAGCGCAGUAAAUAUGGGAGCCUCAUCGAAAUCAUCAAGAAGCUGGACGCUGCUGACGGUUUAUUGAAAGUGUCGAAAAUCGAAGCCAAGAAAGCGGUUAACGCUGCACGCAAAGAUGGUAAAAUCACGAAGGCGGAGUCCAGCACCGUAAAAGCCCACCUGGGCUUGCCAAACAAAUCAAGCUAG